AUGGCUUCCAUAAACAACUGGUUAGCGUUCUCGCUUUCUCCACAUGAACUCUCUUCCUCCCAAUCGCAUCCUGAGAGGCUCAUUCCCAGCGCUGAUGUCUCUACGGGAGACUGCUUCGGCCUCUCCGCUGACUCUCCCUCUGAGCAGCCGCUUGGCAUUACAACCCUAAGACAAGAUGUUCCCUUUGACAUCAUGGAAACCUUCAAUAGAAGCAACCAUCAAAACCAAGGUGCAGAAUGGAACAUGAAGAGCUUUGACUUUAAAGGGAGCGCAUCCGAUCUCUCCAUGCUAGUUGGUUCGACCGGUGACCGGAUGAAUAACCAUAUGGAAGUUGAGGAACCGAAGCUUGAAGACUUUCUUGGAAGUCACUCCUCUUCCGGGGACUACGUGUUCUCCGACUACAACGACGUGGGAAGUGUGGCUCAUAGUAACAGCUCUAUUGGGCUCUCCAUGAUUAAGACUUGGUUGAGGAACCAGCCUGUGACGCAGCAGGUGGCGGAGGAGAAAAGUACUGCAGUUUUGCUGGCUGGGAAGAUUGGCGGUCAAAGUAGCUCCCAGGGCCUCUCGCUCUCAAUGAGCAUGACCUCUCAGUCUAGCUCGGCAUUGACACUCAUGGCAACUACUAGCGGAGGUGGAGGAGGAGGAGGUGGACUAGGGGAGAGCUCUUCGUCGCCAGAAAGGUUGGUUGGUGGGGGUUCGGAUGGGCUAAGCGCGGUGGAAGCAGUGGCUACGAGGAAGUCGAUUGAUACCUUCGGUCAAAGGACUUCGAUUUACAGGGGGGUGACGCGGCAUAGAUGGACGGGUAGAUAUGAGGCUCACCUUUGGGACAACAGUUGCAGAAGAGAAGGGCAGAGCCGUAAGGGUAGACAAGGUGGCUAUGACAAAGAAGAUAAGGCUGCUAGAGCUUAUGAUCUGGCCGCACUCAAAUAUUGGGGGCCAACCACAACGACUAAUUUCCCAGUUAGCAACUAUGAAAAUGAGCUUGAAGAAAUGAAGCACAUGACUAGGCAAGAAUAUGUUGCCUCUCUUAGAAGGAAGAGCAGUGGAUUUUCUCGUGGCGCAUCAAUCUAUCGUGGCGUUACUCGGCAUCACCAGCAUGGAAGGUGGCAAGCAAGAAUUGGAAGAGUUGCAGGGAAUAAGGAUCUCUACUUGGGAACUUUUAGUACGCAGGAAGAAGCGGCCGAGGCAUAUGACAUCGCCGCAAUCAAAUUUCGUGGCCUGAACGCUGUGACCAAUUUCGACAUGAACCGUUAUGACGUCAAGAGCAUACUGGAGAGCAGCACUCUACCAAUCGGUGGCGCCGCCAAACGACUCAAGGAUACCUCGGAGCAUUCUGAGUCAAUCGUUAUUGGCAGCCGUAGGACAAACGCCAUGGAAAGCCUCGCAUCUCACUACUCUGGCACCAUUUCUGCCUCCUCAGCUGGCUUCGGUUGGCCCACCAUCGCCUUUCAGCAGCCCCAGCCCCAGCCGCAGCCGCUCAGCAUUUACUACCCGAACACUAAUCAAAGACCAUGGUACAAGCAGGAGCAAGAGACCAUCGCACCUGCCGCCGCAACUGCUACCCACAACAUUCAUGACCUUCACCAUCCCAAUACCCACGAUUUUUUCCAGCCAUCAACAGCUGCCAUGAACAAUUUCCUUAGUCUUCAGGACUUUGCCACAGCUUCAUUGGACCACAGCACUGGGUCCAGCACAAUCGUAUACAGCGGAUUUGCGGGAGGUAGCGGCGGCGGGUUCGUGUUGCCUAUGAGUGGUCACCAAGGGCGUGGUUGUUUUGGAGAAGAACAAGGAAAGCAGUCGGGGGUUGAGAACUAUUUGGGGAAUUCUUCUUACAGUAGCUACCAGGUUGGCAAUCAGCAGCUACCAGUCGGUGAUGUGAAGGCCGCUGCUGGAUAUGAGCAGAGCGGCGGCUUUAGUGGCUGGGGUCUUUCGGUCCAGGCAACAAUGGCGUCACGGCCGGGAAAUGUGGCUUCG